AUGGUUCUGGACAAUACCCCAGAACACAUUCCCGAGGUUCCGUCAGCAACAGAUCAGACAAACAAUCUUGUGGAUCAGAACAUGUCUUCCAGCGACGAUGAGAUUCCUACCACUGGAGGCAAGGGCAAAGGAAAAUCAGCUCUGAGACCGAGGCCCAGCAAGUUUGCUCCACGGCUAAAUAGUGUCCUCAAGGAAUCUCCUUCUGCUAUCCAGAGCAAGAAAGCAGUACCCCUCGUUGAGUAUCUUGGACCGGAAGCCAUGUCGAUUGACAGUCCUCCUAAUGAGACAGAGGAAUCAAGCGACAAACAGACCGAGGACACGACCGAAGACUCAGACGACGACGACGACGACGACGACGACGACGACGACGACGCAACCAGGACAGAAACGCGCGAGACCUCUUUACCGUUCCGACUGCAGGAUGCAGUAAACAAUGGUGAUGUUUGGCACUGUCCCGUCGACGGAUGCAUGCAUAGAACAUACGCGGCUUCAGAGCUGAGCUCACAACUGCUCAUCAAGAGGCACUCGCAGACUCAUGAUUUCGACCAUGACGAAAGAGUGCAGUUGGUCCGCCGUAUGGAGGCGCCAUAUCUGCCAGUAAACAGGUUGAUGGAUAGAGUCAGGGGCAUGGCCGCGUCGAGCAAGGGCCCACCACCCAUUACCCAACGCUAUUGA